AUGUGCUUAGUUCCAAACGAUGAUGUCCUUAUUGUUGGUGCUCGUCAGACCGUGAAACUACUUCAGAAGUCCGAUGGAGACCAAUUUAGUGAGAUUGCACUUGGGACUCUUGCAAACUUUUGUCGAAUUCCUGCUGUUGCUCAAAAGAUUUUGAGAGAUAGGGUAGGUCUAGUGUGUUUUUUGGAAGUACACUGAAGUCUGAUUUCGAGGCACUUCGAAAGCUCCUGAUGCGGAUCAUGAAUUCCGAGCCAACGAAUGAACUGGCACUUGUAUUCUCAAUGACUAUACGUUUCCAACUUUGGGCGGCCAGCGACAAGGUGCAGUUUUACCGAUCACAGAUUCUAAUCUAAACUGUGGCCAUCUUACACGAUCCUCCAACAUUGGGGCUUUUUGAAUUAGCUCUUCUUUGAGAAACGAAGUGUAGGCUUUUUCAAGUGUUUAUUUUUAACACAUCACGGCCUCCUUAAUUCCUUCCAGAAAUAUCUGUGUCCAUCUGGCAACCUACUUGCCCAGUCGAAUGCGUAGUUUGCAUGAACUCAGUGUUCUCACGGACUGACUGCUCAUUUGAGAAUUCAGCAGACGUGUUAGCUAGAUACUUCCUCUAAGGACCUCAAGUUUGCGGACUUUUUAAUUUCUGGACAACGAGGUACUCUUUAUAUCUGCAAAUUGAUAUAUCAGAUUGGUCUUCCGAUGGAGGCGAUCUGGUGCAGGACUUCCACGAAUAGAAGCGCAAACCCUUGGACUUUAUUAAAGCCUAGUUUUGGACCUUAUAAGAACCGCUUACUCUGUAGUCGAGUUUCUUGAGAAAAGGCUUCAUCUCUAGCAGUGUCGUUUAAUUGUAUUGUAGUGUUUCAGUAUUUCCUCUGUAAACACUGCAUCAUUUUGCCAGCUUCUUCUUUGUCAAGCCGAUCGUCAGGAAUGGCAUAUGAUCUUUGGAACCGUUAAACAGCCAUGCUUACGCCAAUUAGUGGUCCCACUCAGAACUGCACAGUGGACGCUAGAUUGUUGAUUUAAAGGUGAAAGGCAACUGAGAGUUAAAAGAGCUAACAAGUAGUAUUCCGGUCAUAUUCAAACAGAGUAUGGAAAUUCGACUUUGCAUGUCUGAAUUAAAUUAUGUCUGCUUUUUCAAAUAGAAUUCCAACCAAGUGCGGACCAAUCAUGAUUAACCGAGAAGAUACGCAUCCCGAGUUUCAUCUGUUAGAGUUCAGAAAUCGAUGACAAACCAACUUGAAAACCCAGGUGGAGAAAUUGUUUUCAGUGGUCGAUUCUUCAGCGUCAGCAGUUUCUAAUAUCUCACGAACGGCGCUCUUCUCGCGCCCUUUUUCUUCGUAUAUCCUGGCGUUAUCUAACGCGCUUCUGAGCUGCAUUAUAAACUGCGUGGCUAAAUAAUGGAAUUUCAACAAAGCUAAUUUACUCGUUGAAAAAGGGAACAAAAUCCUGCAUCGUUAAAUUGACAGCCCAUGUCAGUAGAUUAAUUUUCAAGGAGCUUUGUAAAUUGAUUGUGUGCGGCGGUCAUUCGGACUCUCGUGGAAGAUAUUCAGGCUGCUUAUAAGGGCACCCUUUCGACCAUCCACUGCCUGGCCUCCAAGUUACCUUCUCAGCUCCUCAAGUAUGACUUCAUACAUAGGUCGCACUAACGUCUCCAGUACUUGGGUAACUUCUGGACAUUGUGUUUGUAUAAACGCCACUAGUUGCUUACACCCCCUAUUACAAUUAUUGUCUCGUACUUUAAACACCAGUCUGAAGAUUAGCUGCACUUGCUUCCCGGUUUACUGAGCAUUGCUGUUGUUUUGUGGUGUCUUUCGUCUACAUCUAUGGAUGCCUUCAGAGCUUCUCGCGUCGGGAACGUUUUCCCAAUUUUCUGCGCAGUACAUCGUCUUUUGAUACCUCAUUUGCGUUCCCUGAAAGUUUUAACAGAAUAUUUAUACAGAAUUACUCAAAUGUUCGAGUUAAAUGCUAACUACGCUGUUAACAGGGUUGUCACAUUUAUUUUUAUUUUUCUCCAAGCAACGUCUCUUAGUGAGUUAUAAGUAGCCACGUCUGACUUGUUUCUUUUUUAGUUUUUCGAGGGCCAUAACUUUCAUACUACGGUUCAAGUGCUGUUCAAUAUCCUUCUGAAUGGCGAUCUCUCCAUGGCCAGUCUUUUUGCCGGUGAACUUCUUGCCGAUUUAUUCGUCGAACAAUCAACAUCUGAGCGGAUGAAAUCGUUUGUGAACUUUUCUAAGGCCCACUAA